UAUCGCUUUACCGAUGACGUCACACGGGAAAAUAAACAUGGCGUCUGGACAGCAGUGGGUGUUGGUUGAAAUGGUGCAAGCCUUGUACGAGGCUCCAUCUUAUCACCUCAUUUUGGAAGGAAUCCUCAUUUUAUGGAUCAUCAGACUUCUCUUCUCGAAAACCUACAGACUACAUGAGACUAAUAAACUCACUGAGAAGGAAAAGGAGGAUCUAAUUGAGGAAUGGCAGCCAGAACCUCUCGCUCCAAUUCUUUCCACAGAGUCUUCCUCCAUGACCUACGAUGUUGUCACAGGACCUCCCAGCCACAAAAUGCUAAUAAAUGGAAAAGAGUGCAUUAACUUUGCAUCAUUUAACUUCCUGGGUGUCCUGGAUAAUGAGCGGGUAAAGCAAAAGGCACUGUCGUCACUGAAGAAAUACGGCGUUGGAACAUGCGGUCCAAGGGGUUUCUAUGGAACUUUUGAUGUUCACUUGGAGUUGGAGAGCAGACUAGCCGAGUUCAUGAAAACUGAAGAGGCGAUCAUCUACUCGUACGGCUUUGCUACUAUUGCUAGUGCAAUCCCUGCUUACUCUAAGAGGGGAGACAUCAUCUUUGUGGAUGAAGCAGCCUGCUUUUCCAUCCAGAAAGGCCUUCAAGCAUCUCGAAGCUUCAUCAAGUACUUCAAGCACAAUGACAUGGAUGACUUGGAGAAGCUUCUAAAGGAACAAGAGUUGGAAGAUCAGAAGAACCCUCGUAAGGCUCGAGUGACUCGCAAGUUCAUUGUGGUGGAAGGACUGUACAUCAACACAGCUGACAUAUGCCCUCUUCCUGAAUUGGUGAAGCUAAAGUACAAGUACAAGGUGCGGAUUUUCCUGGAGGAGAGCAUGUCUUUUGGUGUUUUAGGAGAGCACGGCCGAGGUGUCACAGAGCACUUUGGAGUAAAUAUCGAAGACAUUGACCUGAUUAGUGCUAACAUGGAGAAUGCUGUGGCUUCCAUUGGAGGCUUCUGCUGCGGACGUUCUUUCGUCAUUGACCACCAGCGACUGUCAGGCCAAGGGUACUGUUUCUCUGCGUCGCUGCCUCCCAUGCUAGCUGCCGCCGCCAUCGAGGCGCUCAACAUCAUGCAAGAGAAUCCAGACAUUUUCACUGUUCUCAGGGAAAAAUGCAAAUGUGUUUACCAAGCAUUAAACGGAAUUCCAGGGCUGAAGGUAGUCGGGGUGCAGUUUGCUCCGGCGCUUCACUUGCAGCUGGAGAGAAGUUCAGGUUCUCUAGAGUCAGACAUGCGACUGCUGCGCUCCAUUGUAGAUCAUUGUAUGGAGAGACAAGUGGCUCUAACACUUGCCCGAUACCUUGAAAAAGAAGAGCGAUAUCUUCCUCCGCCCAGCAUCAGGGUGGUGGUGACGGUUGAGCACACAGAGGAGGACAUCCAGAAGGCUGUGUCCUGCAUCCAUGAGGCAGCAGUAGCUCUUUUGACAUGAGAGCUGCUUGCAUCACUCGUCGAUUCCUUGGAGCGAGUAGAACGUGUGACAGACUGUGAGCACUGCCCUUCUUGGAUAUUACUCCACAAGCUACUUAAUUUUUCCCUACAGGCUGAACAACUAUGAUCUUCACGAAUAGAGGAAACAAAAUAGAAGGUGGUGUUGCCUUAUACAUUUAGAAAUCAAUGCAAUAUAAAGUGCAAAACAUUUCAAUAGCUACAGAUCAACAGUAGAAAUUCAUAAUGAAAAGGAAAACAUAAUUGUAAGUUGUGCAUGUCGGCCAACUGAUUCAAUGUGGAUAUAUUUUAAGAAUGGAUGGAGAAAUACUGAAUAACAAACAUUUUAUAUUUAUAUGUGGAUAUUGAAAUAGUGACCUGUUAAAUCCAACUAAACGUACAACAAUGGAUGCCUACAUUUAUACAAAGUACAGUAGUGAAGGGUAAAUGACGCCUCGGGCUGUAUUGACAUGUCACUGAUACUCUGUUGCUGUUUUGUAAUGGCACCCACUAUUGAAUUAUUGCAAAUAAAAGGAAUGCAAAAUAUAAUUGUUAAUAAAGAAAUAUGAAAUGUC